AUGGUGGGCAGCAAUGAGCUGAUUGACAAGCACGAAACUCCCUGCUACGACGAAAUCACUGUUACGCAGCCUCCCAUUCAAUCCCUAUACCAUAUCACUCAUCUUCGCAGUCUUCGGUCACAGCCACUCCUUGCUCCUGGAGAGGAUAGCAGUGUCAGAAAGAAUGACCCGAAUGAUCUUAUAUCCCGCAAGGUGAUUAGCACCGAAGAUGCAGAGAUGUUAGUAGGUCAUUACCUACAGCGAACAGAUCAUUAUCUCUACGGAAUAGCAAGCGAUCACCAGGGAUUGACUGCUAUUCGCCACGCAUCCCCACUUCUCUUGACGGCCAUAUUGAUGGUGGAAGCAUUGCAAACUCCGAAUGGCCAGCGCUGGUAUCAGCUUUGCUAUUCAGAGUUUCGCAAAUUAAUAGCCGAUUUUACCUUUUCUCAUCAAGUUUCUUUGGAAGAUCUUCGAGGUCUUUGUAUUGCCUGCUUCUGGGUGAGCGAUAUUUCGUGGACAAUCUCAAGUCUUGCAAUCCGCCGGGCUACCGAGUUGGAGCUCCACAAAUCACCCUUAAUGGCCCUAGAACCUCCAAAGACGGGGGGUUCUUUGGCAGCCGAAGUUCAACAGACAAAGAGACUGACUGACAGCGUCCGAUUGUGGUAUUUGCUGUAUAUUUGCGACCAACAUCUGGCCAUUCUAUAUGGACGGCCUUCUGUCAUGCGGGAGGAUGAAGGUAUCAGCAAGUGGCCGCUAUAUCUUGCAGUCCACCCAGAUUCUGCUAUAGAUAUACGUAUUCUCAGUCAAAUUGCCUUGCUGCAGAUAUUGAGGUCCGUCUCGGAGACCUUCGGCCAAGAUCCGAAACGACGUGUGCCAACGUUUCUCAAGCCACAAUUGGUUACUUUCAAUCAGAAGAUUGACCAGUGGGCUCUUGAAUGGUUGGAAAAGUCUCAAGACCACCAGGUCAUAGGAACCUACCCAAGCAAAGCGAUCAUGCUGCAUCACCAUUUCUCUAAACUUCUCAUCUCCUCUCAUGUCUUCCGCGGCCUGGGGGUCGACUUCAAUACGGAUCCAUUCCCUCCGGAGUUCGAAGACCUGGCUUCUGUUGCCAUUUCUUCAGCGAAAUCAGUUUUGGAACUCACAGCAAACGACGCAGACCUUAUACGCGCGUUCGUUAGCAUUCCACAUUAUUACCACACGAUGAUCGCAUUCGCGUGCUCGUUCUUGUUGAAAAUUUCGAAAAGAUACCAAAGCCACAUCGGCCUUGAUGUUGCACUGGUCAUGGAUACUGUCAAGCCCGUUAUCAAGCUCUGCCUCGUCACUAAGUGUACCAGCUAUCACCUCGUUCAUUGGAUUGGUCGUGGACUUCAAGUGCUUCUGGCAACCUAUAUGGAUUUUACAAGGGAAGCGAAUCAACAAAUGCAAAUAAACGCCUCCGAUGACGCAAAUCAGACCGCGCGCGACCCUUUCUGCAUGUCUGGCCUUCCAGUAGGUAUGGAUGAAAAUGCAAUGCAGUUGAAUUUCAAUCCCAGCAUAUGGGAAACGGCUUCCUCAAUUGUGUAUAAUGAUGGGCUGCCCAUGACUUUGCAAUGUUUUUCCAACGCUACUGCCCCCGUGACAGAUUCGAUGCCUGCCCACGGUGAAUCUUUGCAGUAUGGCUCAGAUACUUUUUAUGGAUCUUCUAUAGAUCCGUAUGCGCCGUUUCCUUCAGUCGAGCAUCUUGGGCUAGGUUUGUUAUAG